AGAAACAUCAAAAUCAGAACUGCAUAGUGUUUACAUUUGAUUCAUAUUUUUUAAAUGGGUAUUGGUAGUUCUAGAGCAGCCGCAGACAUGAGUGGACCUGUAGCAGAGUUUGUCAAAAAGACAAUUGCCAGUGACAAAAUCGUCAUUUUCUCCAAAUCUUAUUGCCCUUACUGCAAGACCGCAAAAGAACAAUUUAAAAAGCUGAACAAAAGCUUCACUGCAGUAGAACUCGAAGAUCGUGAUGAUUGUAGGGAAAUUCAAGCUGUACUUGGAGAAAUGACUGGAGCCACAAGUGUUCCCCGUGUGUUCAUUGACGGGAAGUUUGUUGGUGGUGGCGAUGACGUCAAACGUCUUUACAACAACGGAGAAUUGCAAAAGCUAGUUGAAUAAUCUGAAGUCUUUCCGCAGACUGAUUAAUGACAAUAUCAUGAAACUCUCUCGUUUUGAGUGAGGAUUUUAAAGUGUUUGGUUAGAAAAUAUUAUUUUAAUUUAUUUUAUCUUAUUUUUUUGAAAAAUAAAUAUUUUUUUAUAUGAAAUCCA